UGAUUUGAAAAUACAAAUUUAAGGUGGGGAUUGAUCCUUUAGUUAAAGUAAUUUCAUUGCGCAAAAAGAAAUAGAAAAAUCUCUGUCGCAGUGCAUUAAUGGUCAGAUUCACUGAGAAAUGAGAGUAGUUUGAGCAUAAAAUCAUGGCUUACUGUCAGUGCCUGAAUCUUCGCGGCGGAGUUCAUUCGCUAUGGAGAAGCAUGAACUACUUGGGAGUGAAUUUGAAAAGUUCUCAGAAAAUUCGGAAUUUGAUGUUCAAUUUCAACUCAGCUGUUCAUGUUCAUCCCUUAUUCACUUCAUCUAAGAAGAGUUGUUGUAGAUUAUCCAGUACAAGUUCAGUUUCACGCACAGUUGCUUCGCCAAGUGAUACUGUUGAGCAUACUUCUCAAAGUAAUGUUGCACAUGGUAGUCCUUCCGAUGGAAGAGUUAUGCUUAUAGAUGGAACGGCUAUUAUUUACAGAGCUUAUUAUAAAAUUAUUGCAAAGUUGCACCAUGGUCAUCUAUCGCACGCAGAUGGCAAUGGAGAUUGGGUUUUUACUAUAUUUUCAGCACUAUCACUUAUAAUUGAUGUCCUGGAAUUUCUCCCUUCCCAUAUAGUGGUGGUGUUUGAUCAUGAUGGAGGUCCAUUUGGUACUUGUGUUUCAUCCAAAGAAAAUGUCAUGGCAAAAGGUAUGAAUUUCCGUCACAACCUAUACCCAUUAUACAAGGGUAAUCGUCCCCCAACUCCUGAUACCAUAGUUCAGGGACUUCAAUACUUAAAAGCAUCUAUAAAAGCUAUGUCUAUCAAGGUGAUUGAGGUACCUGGUGUAGAAGCUGAUGAUGUGAUUGGAACAUUGGCUAUGAGGAGCAUAGAUGCUGGAUUUAAGGUACGGGUUGUUUCUCCUGACAAAGACUUUUUUCAGAUUCUCUCUCCUUCAUUACGUCUUCUACGAAUUGCAUCUCGUGGAUUUGAGAUGGUUUCCUUUGGAAUGGAAGAUUUUGCAAAAUUGUAUGGAGAAUUGAAGCCUUCUCAGUUUGCUGAUGUAAUGGCUCUCAUGGGUGACGCAUCUGAUAACAUUCCAGGAGUUGGAGGAAUUGGAAGUGUCAAUGCUGUGCAACUGAUCACUAAAUUUGGCACGUUAGAGAAUCUGUUGGAGUGUGUUGAUCAAGUAGAAGGGAAACGCAUUAGAGAGGCUUUGAAAGCAAAUGCUGAUCAGGCUGUACUAAGCAAGAAACUGGUACUUCUACGUUCAGAUUUGCCAUCCUAUCUGGUUCCGUUCACCAUUGAAGAUCUAGCAUUUCAAAAACCCAAGGAUGAUGGGGAGAAAUUCAUGAGACUCUUAAAAGCAAUUAGUCCUUUUGCUCAAGGAUUUUCAGCAGAUCCAAUCAUUAGAAGAGCUUUAAAUUUGUGGAAAAAGCUUGAAGAACAAUGAUAAAUACUGUCUUGUUAGUCCAAGCUAUCCGGAAAAGAAAGACCUCUGUACAGUAAACUCCAAAAGCUCGGCAAUAUGUGAACACUGAAGUCGGGAUAUUUUGGCUAGCAAAUGAGGAAUAUUAGGUUAAUUGUAUCUGCAGAGUUGAUAAAUCUACUAAUUCUUUUCAACUUCACUUCAUUUCACAAGAUGAGGGUCUUUCAAGGAUGACAAAUGAAGGCGGAAAAAUCAUGAGUACAACUUACAUCUAAGUGAUCUCAACCUGAUCGUGUUUCAGAUUCGAUUUCCUCAAGCUCGAAAACAGCAUUAAAUUCGAAGUCAUUUCCUGGUGUAAACUUCUUGAGUUGUUCGGACCCUUGUACGGUGCUAACUUUAUUCUCAUGCACCUUCAGAUUUUCCUGUAUGAAAUUUACAGAAACUUCAUUCAGGUGUAGAGUUCUCACAAUAACAUGCAUACAAUUAAAUGAGUUGCCUUCUGCUUAUAA